GGUCGGGCGGGAGGAGGUGACGUCGGGAGCUGUGGCGGGUAGGGGCCUCCUGUAGCCCUUGGGACGUUUUAUCUGCGGGCCUUCGGAUUGCGUCACAAGUCGGGGACUGAGCCUUGGCAGUGGUGGCCGAGGCAGCGAAGGCGGCAGCGGCGGCGACAGCUCUGGGGUUUGUGUCUCGGGGUGUGUCGGCCGCCGCUGCUGCUUGGGCCUGGUAUGUACAAAUGGCUGGUUAGAAUUCUCGGCACCAUUUUCCGUUUUUGUGAUCGGCCGGUGCCCCCUACCCGGGCCCCCUUGAAGAGGCGGCGCUCGAACAGCAGUCUGUUUUCCACAGUGGACACUGAUGAAAUACCAGCCAAAAGACCAAGAUUAGAUUGCUUUAUUCACCAAGUGAAAAACAGUCUCUACAAUGCUGCCAGCUUAUUUGGAUUCCCAUUCCAGCUGACCACAAAGCCCAUGGUAACUUCUGCUUGUAAUGGAACACGGAAUGUGGCCCCUUCAGGAGAGGUGUUUUCGAACUCUUCAUCUUGUGAACUGACAGGUUCUGGAACCUGGAACAACAUGCUGAAACUGGGUAAUAAGUCUCCUAAUGGAAUAAGUGACUAUCCAAAGAUCAGAGUGACAGUAACCCGAGAUCAGCCCCGUAGAGUCUUACCUUCCUUUGGUUAUUCUUUGAACUCAGAAGGCUAUAAUAGAAGACCAGGUGGCCGUCGCCAUAGCAGAGGCAAUCCCGAGAGUCCCUUGAUGUGGAAACCACAGGAACAAGCUGUAACAGAGAUGAUUUCCGAAGAGGGUGGCAAGGGUCUAAGGCGUCCCCACUGUACUGUGGAAGAGGGUGUUCAAAAAGAGGAACGAGAGAAAUACCGAAGAUUAUUGGAGCGACUCAAAGAAGGUGGUCAUGGAAACUCUGUUCCUCCUGCAACUUCAGGCCACCAUAGUUCUCCAAGAAAUCAGAUGGACACGUUAAAGACCAGAGGCUGGGGGGAAGAGCCAAAUCAUGGAGUCAAAACAACUCAGUUUGUUCCAAAACAGUAUAGAGUUGUUGAAACAAGGGGACCUCUGUGUUCAAUGAGAAGUGAGAAGAGAUGUUCAAAGGGGAAAAUUUCCGAUCCCGAGAAGAUAGUUGGCCUUAGAGUUGAAAAUGAAGGUAGGAGGGGACAUCAGCUGGAGCCUGACCUAUCCGAGGAAGUGUCAGCCCGACUCCGCCUGGGCAGUGGAAGCAAUGGCUUAUUCAGGAGGAAAAUGUCAGUACUUGAGACGAAAGAAAAGAAUUGCUCAGGCAAAGAGAGAGACAGAAGGACAGACGAUCUCCUUGAACUUACAGAGGACAUGGAAAAAGAAAUCAGUAAUGCCCUAGGCCAUGGCUCGCAGGAUGAGAUCCUUAGUAAUGCUUUCAAAUUGCGAAUUACUCGUGGUGACAUCCAGACCUUGAGGAACUAUCACUGGCUCAAUGAUGAAGUCAUAAAUUUUUACAUGAAUCUUCUGGUGGAAAGAAAUAAAAAGCAAGGCUAUCCAGCACUUCAUGCAUUUAGUACUUUCUUCUAUCCCAAAUUAAGGUCUGGGGGUUACCAAGCAGUGAAAAGAUGGACCAAAGGGGUAAAUCUCUUUGAACAAGACCUUAUUCUGGUGCCUAUUCAUCGGAAGGUACAUUGGAGUCUGGUGGUGAUAGACCUAAGAAAAAAGUGUCUUAAGUAUCUGGAUUCUAUGGGACAAAAAGGUCACAGGAUCUGUGAGAUUCUCCUUCAGUAUUUACAGGAUGAAAGUAAGACCAAAAGAAAUAGUGACCUGAACCUUUUAGAAUGGACCCACUACAGCAUGAAGCCACACGAGAUUCCUCAACAGCUGAAUGGGAGUGAUUGUGGAAUGUUUACUUGUAAAUAUGCAGAUUAUAUCUCUAGAGACAAACCUAUCACAUUUACUCAGCACCAGAUGCCUCUCUUCCGGAAGAAGAUGGUGUGGGAAAUCCUGCAUCAGCAAUUGCUGUGAGAAUGCCCCGCCUGCCCCUCUAGCUGCGGUGGUUCCUUCCCGGACGGUUCCAUAUACCUCAUGCAUUGUGGGUUAAAAAGUCCCUGCAUCACCUCUGUUCUCUUCCAGGUACUGAGCUGUCAAAGUGCAUGAAGGCCUCUGACUGCACCCUAGUCCUGACUUGGUGUGCAGAGGGCUGCUUGCAACCCCACCUGUAAGGACUGUGCCUGCUCAGAGCCCUGGACCGCUCAACCCACACAAGAACAAACGCUAAUUAAUUUUUUUAAAUUUUUUUUCCCUAUGAAUGUGGGAAAUGCCGGAUUUCUUCUGUGAAUUGUUUUCUUCUGUGUGUUCAUGCAUAUUCAUCCACUCACUCGUUUGCAAACAUACUGGGCAGUGGCUGUUUCCCCUGCUCUUUUAUAGAUAACCCUAAAUUACUUGUUUGAACUAUUUAUUUCUGAAAGGAAAGUUAAUCAAGCUGCCACUCCCCACUGAAGAUCAAGAGCGUAAUCAUUGAGAGGGGAGGAAGGAAGAGUUAAUUAAUAUCUCUAAUGCUGGAGCAGUGACUGCCAACUUGAAGCUGGAGAUCUUUUUGUGAGGGGGUUGCUGAACAUGCGCAGAGAAGUGCUGUGGAGGAAGGCUCUGAUUGCCUCUCAGAAGGGGCCUGAUGCUAACAGCAUUGGCACCGAGUUGUGGAAAAGUGGAACUCUGGCAGUCUGAGCAUCUUCAGAAGAGUGUCACGGUCCUUCUAAAGAGACUUCCCCUUCUGAAAUGAGGUGACUUGGCUUACUCUCAAAACUGGAUUUGAAGUAACUGUAAACCCCAAAUCUUCAUUCUCACUCCAGAUCUGAUUGAGCAUAAACCUCAGAAUGGUAAGGGCUGGCCUGAGCUGUUUAUUUCAAAAGAUACUAGUCAAUUUAAAGCUAUUUUUCCUCAAAGUUUUUUUCUAUAUAAAGCCAAAAUUAAUUUUGUAUUCAUUAGGAUUAACAUUUCCCCACUCCACCCCACUGAAAUUUGUGGAAGAAUAUUUAAUAUGUGGCUCUGAGGUUGCCAAUUAUACAGUAAUCUAUUUUGCAUAUGAGAGUUUGUAUUUAACUUUUUUGUUCAUUAAAAACCUUACAGAUGUGGUUAUGCAUUUUUAAUUCCAGAAAGUUUAGAGUUGGUCAGUACAUAUUUUGCAAGAUCUAGUGCCUAGUGUUGCUUUUUCGAUGUAAUAAAAGGUGGUCUGGCAGAACCU